AUGAGCGACAUGGCAUCUCCGACACCACUUGGCGCUGGCAGCCACUUCACAUCGCUAGGACGGAGGACUUCGGCGCGCCAGGCCCUGCGCCGUCCAGCUUCGAGAAGUCAACUUGGCCGGAGCGAGUCAAACCCGGCUGGUCUAUCCCUAGCUGCCGCCGCGGGAAAAGAGAACAGGUCGCAGUCGCAGCAGUACUCGACGCUGAACGACAGCUCUGACGACGAAAUGCCCGUGCCCAUGAAGCUGAGCGCCUUGACGAAGGCCCUGCUGAACGACGGCAACGGCUCCGAGGCGUUGCCCGCCUCACAGCCGCCGGCCCGGCCAGCCACACGCGUUGUCACUAGGAAGAGCGCGAUGGCUGCGUCGACGUCUGCGCCGUCCGAAGACAGAGAGCCCGGGCGAGAGAGUGUGCGCCAACGCGAACCCAGACGCCAUGCGCGGGCCGGUAGUGUCCAACUGCCCUCUUCGAGGCCGUCGUCACCAGUUCGCAGCCGGGAAACCAGCCCAGCCCCGAGGAAACGCGUCGUCCGCCUCAGCAACACGGCCCCGGCCACCGGAGCAGCCCUCGCCAGCGGAGGUCUGCAGCUCGGGCUCCGAAGGUCUCUCUCUGCGUCGACUAGGGGUAAGAGACUGGAGAGCGGGGAAAGACUCGAGAAGAAUGUUCCUACAUCUCUACCCGUCGUUCUGCCUGCACCACAGCCAGAACAACCUGCACCGCAACAGGACGUGCUCCCCGAUGUCAACACGCCAGUGCUGCCGCUACGGACCGUCCGAAUUGCCGUCGGGUCGUCGGGAAACAAGGCGAGACUUUCAGGGGGGCCGUAUUCCGGCGUCUCCAAGAAGUCGUCGGGAUACAGCGACCAAGAGAUGCCCGACGAUCCUGCAACCGUUGGGCGGCCCCAGCCCGCCGCGCCGCAGAGCUCGAUGCGAGUCAAGCGGGUCGGAAAGGUACCAGGCAGCUUUCUCAGCGGCCCGGCCCGGCGGGGACGGCGGAGGCAGAGCGAAGAGGACGCUGAUGGGCAAGGCGAGGGCGAAGGCAUGGGCUCGAGUCAGGAGCCCGAGAGCCAGCAGCAGCAGUAUAUGGACGGCGGGUUGGGUGACCAGCCAGCGUCGUCCUUCGCGUUGAGCCAUCGGGACUAUGCGGUAGCCUCGGGGAGCCCUGUUAGUGCCAGGGACCCGGCCAGAGCUGCGAUCCACAAGCAAGCCUCCAACGCUGCCCUCGCGGCGUCGCAACAGAAAGAGACGGAAAGAAGCCACGUCGAGCUAGCUUACAGGGCCCCACUGCAGCCGCCCGAGUUGCCGUCGGGCCACGACAAGGAGAAUGAGGCGCCGGCGGCAGCAUUCAAGCUCGUGAAUCUGGCGUCUUCGGUGCUGAUCGAGAAAGACGUGGGCGCACAAGCCCAGCCGCGCCGUGUCGACAUCGGGCUGGCCGCGCAAGCUACACAAGCCUCUCCCGAGCGCAAGGCACUGGCGCCCAGAAGCCGCAACACGCCGCACCGGGCAGCGCCGCCGCCGCCGCCCAAAAUGUCGCUCGUCGAGACCGCCACGGCUACCGCCGGGGCUUCUGCCGCCGCCCAGGGCAAUAAGAAGCGCCAGGUCUUGCUCAGGGUCAACGGCAAGACGUACACGCGCAUCGACUGCAUCGGGCGAGGCGGGUCUGGCAAGGUGUACCGGGUGUCGACCGACAGUGGCAAGAUGCUGGCCCUCAAGCGCGUGUCGCUCGAGAACGCCGACGAGAACACGGUGAAGGGCUUCAAGGGCGAGAUCGAUCUUCUAGAGAGACUAGAUAAAGUCGACCGCGUAAUUCAGCUGAUCGACCACGAGCUCAACAUCGAGAAGCAGAUGCUCAGCGUACUGAUGGAAGUGGGCGAGCUGGACUUCAACACGCUGCUCAAGAGUCGGAGCACGCCCGAGGGGUCGCGGCUGGACCCCGUGUUCAUCCGGUACUACUGGAAGGAGAUGCUCGAGUGCGUGCAAGCGGUGCACGCGCGCGACGUGGUGCACAGCGACCUGAAGCCGGCCAACUUCGUGCUGGUGCAGGGACGGCUGAAGCUUAUUGACUUCGGCAUCGCCAACGCCAUCCAGACCGACAUGACGGUCAACGUGCACCGCGAAACACAGAUCGGCACGCCCAACUACAUGUCGCCCGAGUCGCUGAUGGACUCGAGCCAGUACGCCUUCACGGCGGCACACAACGGCAAGUUCUGUGUGCCGGCACCCCUCCAGCACCAUCACCACUCCAAAGGCGGCGCGCCAAAACUCAUGAAGCUCGGGAAACCCAGCGACGUGUGGAGCCUGGGCUGCAUCCUAUACCAGAUGGUGUACGGGCUGCCGCCGUUCGGCAAGAUCGCCAACCAGAUGGCGCGGUGCCAGGCCAUCAUCAACUGGGGGUACGCGAUCGAGUUCCCCGACGUGACCGACGACGGCUCGCGCGUGCCGCCCAGCCUGCUGCGCACCAUGCGCCGCUGCCUCGCGCGCGAGCAACGCGACCGCCCCACGUGCGCCGACCUGCUCGCCCACACAGACCCCUUCCUCUACCCGCUCGAGUUCGACCCCGCCGUCGUCGCCGCCGACCCCGCAAAGGUCCUCCCCGUCACCGAGGAGCUGCUCGCCCGCAUCAUCCAGAGCGUCGUCCAGCGCUGCAAGGAGCGCCUCCCGUCCGACGGCGAGGCCAUUUCGACCUGGCCCAACGCUUACUGGGCCAGCGUCCGCAAGGCCGUCACGGCGAAUAGUGGUGGUGGUGGUGGCGGCGGCGGUAACAGUGCGGGCGCCGGUGCUGGUGCUGGUGCUGGUACUGGUACUGGUGCUGGUGUUGGUGCUGGUGCUGGUGCCAGGUGA